CGACCUGGCCAUCAUGACAACAACGAUUGCCAUCAAGCAUGAAGCUUGAGAAUUCUUUCCAAGGCUAACAAAGAACCAUCGCAAGUGUAGUGGCUAGCUAGCUAUAAGGAGUAGCAAGUUAACGUCCAGAGGAUUCAACAACGCCAGUGUCAAAACGUUUGAUUGCUGAGAACCUGUUUUCUGAUUUGAAGAUCCGUUGGUAGUCUCUUAGUCAGUCGGUCAAGGGAUCAUUCUUUCCAGUUGAAUUGUCAAGAACCUUGAUAAUCUACUCCAUCAAAUUAAGUAUUUCCACCAUGACGCUUUCAUCUCGGAUUUUGACCCGGCUGAAGUCUUCGCAAGGAGUACUAGCUGCAGCAGGAAGAUCUUUCUCUUCGUCUACCGCUGCCACGUCUUCCGUGGGAUUUAUUGGUCUGGGCAACAUGGGAUUGCCCAUGAGCAUCAAUCUGGCCAACAAGGCGAAUGAUAGCAAGAUGGAUGUGAUUGCCUUUGACGCCAAUCCAACAGCCCUGAAUUUGGCCAAGGAGGCUGGAAUGCGUACGGCAAGCUCUGUGGAAGAAAUCGGAGCCUCCAAUUGUUCUGUCAUUAUUACCAUGCUACCAGGAUGUCAAGCAGUGGAUGCAGUCACUCCAAUUCUACUGGAAAGCUCUGAUCCAAAUGCAUCUACACUCUUUGUGGAUUGCUCCACGGUUCACCCAUCGACCAGCCGGCGAUGGAAUGACGAGCUAAAAGAAAAAGGUCACACCAGAAUGGAUGCUCCCGUCUCUGGUGGUGUCAAGGGAGCUACCGAUGGGACUCUGACCUUUAUGGUGGGCUGUGACGACCCCGCCACCCUCCAACAGGCUCAACCACUUAUAAUGGGACAACGUUCCAUUCAUUGUGGAACCGCCGGCGCUGGAUCCGCCACGAAAUUGUGCAACAAUCUCGCACUGGCGGCACAAAUGCUCGGGAUUUGCGAAGCCAUGAAUUUGGGAGAAAGUCUCGGUGUCGAUCCCAUUGUGCUUGCACAAGUCAUGAACACGUCCACGGCCAAAUCCUGGUCGUGUGAAGUCAACAAUCCACAUCCCGUCGUUGCCACUGACAGAGGCACGGGUGCGGCAGCCAAUCGGUAUCAAGGUGGAUUUGGAUCCAAACUCAUGCAAAAAGACUUGAGUUUGGCCGUCAGUGCCGGUGCCGAUGCGGGUGUCGCACUGCCCGUGGGAGUCUUGUCCAAGGAACUGUAUCACAUGGCCACACUGCAUGGUUUGGGAGACAAGGAUUUUGGUGUCAUGCUGCAGUUUCUUCGUGGGCAGAAACCGUAGUACUACUGCCUGUAGUAGAACAUGACAGAGAGAUAUUGGAAUAGAGACAACAUCCACACACAUACACACGCACAAGCAGCAAUACACUUGGAAAAGUCAUAUACAGUAGAGGAAAUUCAAAACGAGAUUAUAGUCAAAGAGAAAGUCAAAAACUAGCUAGAUUCAGGGUCCGAUGUGGA